CCAUAUUGUACUUUGGUUUUGACUGGUUCUUCUUCACAGUUUGUUUCCUGCAGUCACGUGCAUGCAGACCUGGAAUGACUGACAUGAAACGACCAGCUGGGCUUCAGAUUUCAUGACAGCAUGCUCUUAAAGGCCCAGUAUAUACUGUACGCCCAUAUGUUCUCAAAAUCAGACCUUAUCUAUUAUAUUUGAUCUUUAACACUCACUGUUGCACCCACCACAUAAAGUUGGUAAAUGUAUUUAUACAUCUCACUUUCCAACUUCUUGUCUUGGAUAUUAGUAAAGCAGAAAUGGAAAUUCUCGAGAAAAAACGCGUCUGAAUUAUGAGUUGAAAAAAUUUGUUCAGAAGUAGCAGAUACAAAGACUAACUUAACAAGUGUAAUUUAGGCUUCAGUUGACACUUCAUGGUUCAUUAGCUUUACUUUUGCUAGUAGGUGGAAAAACUGAGAGGAUGGAAAUACACCUGUCAGACAUCCUUUGAAAUUCAGCACAGUUAAUCUUUUUCUUCUUUAAGACCACAAUUCCAUUCUUUGCUUCUUCCUGUCAGUCUUCAUCGUCAUCAAAAGGCUCUGCCCACAACAUCCUGACUAUAGUUAACCAUUAGGCAAUGUGAUGUUCAUAUACAAGUUCAGUUGUUCUUGUGGCAGUAGUACUGGAGUAUCUGCCUUUGGUGCACAGUUUGAUGGACAGUUUGCAGUAAACAGGAGUCUUUGAAAUAAAUCUUAUGCUCACAUAUUAAAAGAGAAAAGUUGCACAGAGUUUGACAGACUGAGCCCAAUGGAGUCAACACGCAGGUUUGGAAAAUACAGAGUGGAGAGGGAAGUGCUGGAUGAGCAGAGACUGGAAGAGGUAACACAGAGAAAAACACACUCUGACACUCACCCCUCUCUAACUGAACGUCUUAAAGACUCCUUAAGGUAAGGUAAACUUCAUGAAUUGUAUGUAGUGCAGAUGUAGAUGUCUGCUCUGAUCUUGACCUAUCUCUCAGUAUAUUUAUGCUUAAAGAUAUCCACCAAUAUGAUGAAUUUAGUCUUUGUGUUUUUUGCAAACCUCUUCCAGAUGUACAGUACCCAAACUGAAACGAAGCGUGAUGAGCAGCUUGCCUGUAUUAUACUGGCUGCCCAAGUACUCAGUCUGGGACUAUGGCAUGCCAGACCUCAUCUCCGGCAUCAGUGUGGGAAUAAUGCACUUGCCUCAAGGUAUGGCGUAUGCAUUGUUGGCUUCCUUACCGCCUGUAUUUGGGCUCUACUCAUCCCUCUAUCCAGCAUUAAUCUACUUCUUUUUUGGAACAUCACGUCAUAUCUCCAUUGGUACAUUCACUGUGCUCAGUAUCAUGGUGGGUAGUGUGACAGAAAGACUUGCUCCAGACGUGGCUUUCCUCAAAAACAACGGGACCAACUUCACCGCAGAGGUGGACAUAACUGCGCGGGACUCAUACAGGGUGCAGGUGGCAGCUGCUACUACUGUCUUAGGAGGACUUAUUCAGGUGGUCCUGGGUUUGGUAAAGUUUGGAUUUGUGGGAACGUAUUUGUCUGAGCCUCUGGUGCGGGCUUACACAACAGCUGCUGCAGGCCAUGCUGUGGUGGCACAACUGAAGAACAUCCUUGGUAUUUCACCCACACGGUUUAGUGGCCCGCUGUCACUGGUGUAUACUCUGAAGGAUGUUUGCUCCCUGCUGCCACAGACUCAUCUCCCCACUCUGGUGGUCAGCGCUGUGUCCAUGGUGUUUCUAAUUGCAGCCAAGGAACUGAACUCCUUCCUCAGUUCAAAGCUGCCAGUGCCCAUCCCAGUGGAGCUCAUCACAAUUGUGGCGGCAACACUGAUAUCAAACUAUGCUUACUUGAACAGCAACUACACUGUUUCAGUUGUUGGAGAAAUUCCCAGUGGUUUAAGCCCCCCCAGUGUUCCAGAUGUGAGCAUUUUCGGAGAAGUUAUCGGUGAUGCUUUUGCACUGGCCAUUGUCGGGUAUGCCAUAUCUAUUUCACUUGGAAAAACAUUUGCAUUGAAACAUGGAUACAAGGUGGACAGCAACCAGGAGCUGGUGGCGCUGGGUCUCAGUAAUGCAGUCGGAGGCUUCUUUCAGUGCUACUCUGUCUGCUGCUCCAUGUCUCGAAGUCUGAUCCAAGAGACCACUGGGGGAAAAACACAAAUGGCUGGAGUGGCUUCAGCUGUAAUUGUAUUGGUGACCAUACUGAAACUUGGAGCACUGUUCCAGGAGCUGCCCAAGGCUGUCCUCGCAGUUAUUGUGUUUGUAAAUCUCAAGGGCAUGUUCAAGCAGUACUCUGACAUUGUUACACUAUGGAGGCGCAGCAAGUUUGAUCUGGUGGUGUGGUUGGUCACGUGGGUGUCAACACUGCUCCUCAAUCUGGAUCUGGGUCUAGCAGCAUCAAUCUCCUUUGCUUUACUUACUGUUAUCUUCAGGACUCAGUUGCCAACUUACUCUGUUCUGGGAAAUGUUCCAGGUACAGAGCUGUAUGUGGAUAUAGAGACACACAGAGAGGUGAGAGAGAUUCCAGGUGUUACUAUAUUCCGCUCCUCUGCUACAGUGUAUUAUGCCAAUGCUGAGCUUUACCUUGAAGCCCUGAAAGAAAAGAGUGGGCUCGACAUCAGUAAAAUGAUUAUCUAUAAGAGGAGGCAGGAGGCCAAACAGAAACGUAGAGAAAGGAGAGCUGAGAGACGGGCAAAGAGGCAGGCCAAGAGAGAGAGACGAGCACAGAGGGCAGCUAAACAGCUGUCUGCUGCACCAGUGUUUUCUGUGGAGGAAGAGGCCGGAGGCUGGAUGGACACAAGCAUAGAUGGGAAUGACAAGGAAGAUCAAGGCUGGACUGAAAGAGAGAACGGGACCGUGUUUGUCAUCCCGACCUCUCCCCGAGCUACAGACGGCCACUGUAGAUGGGAAUACCUGAAAGGAGGGGAUCCAGACUGCACAAGUUUAGGGUGGAUGUCUGAGCUGCAGGACGGGGACACCACCACUCUGGGCUCCAGCAGUGAGGACACACUGAGUCGAGACCUGGAGAGGGUGUCUCUCGGUUCUCUGGGAAAGUGGACCUGGGACAUUCACUCCAUCAUUCUUGACCUCUCCACAGCUAACUUCAUUGACACAGUGGCUAUCAAGACUAUGAAAAAUAUUUUCCAGGACUUCAGUGAGAUUGAUGUGGACAUCUACAUGGCUGGUUGUCAGGCCUCUGUGGUGGAGCAGUUAGAACUCGGUGACUUCUUCUCUGAGUCAAUAACAAAGAGACGUCUUUUUGCCUCUGUUCAUGAUGCUGUGCUCUACUGUCUCAACCACCGUGGAGCAGCAUCAUUCCCCAGAUAUGAGCCAUCAGUGGACAUGGACAUCAGCACAAAACUUUAAGGGCUUAAGAAAAAUUAGACAUCCAGCACAGAGGAUGGAAAAACUGUCUCAACAUCUACUGGAGGAAAUAUCACUGGUGAAAACUUACAUUUGUAAAUCACUUAUAUUGAUAUUUAUACAUUUUGUCUUUAAGUUACAUGUAUGUAAAUGAAGUCCAAUGCUUCUGACACAUGAGCUUAAUUUAUCUUUAUUCAGUGUGGGAGAGUGUUACAGUGCAUUUUUAAGGAAAAAAUAAAUUAAUACAGUGAAACAUCCAAACAAUUGUGCAUUUUAAUUUAGAAGAAUUUGGCAGAAAAUAGUGAUGAAUUCAAGGAACAAAGACAAGGCAACAUGCAUCACACUGAGAGUGUGUGAGCCUUUUUUGGUAAUGGCAGCAAUAACAAGGUAGGACAUGAAAUGUCAACAGUAGCCAUUUCAAUUUUCAAGUGCAAUUUGUGCUCAUAGCAACAGCAAAACCUGUGAAGCUAACACAUGCAAAGGAAUGGGUUUUUUUUGUCUCAACUCAUUUUUUACGAGUUUCUAGUGCAACAUUCCUAAAAUGGGAAACUAUAGUCGAUUAAAAAAUAACAGGAUAACAAUAUCCAAGCAACAUUUUACCAAAAGCAUCUCUUUACAGUUGCAUAAACCCACUGUGACCUCAUUCCCUGAAUAAAUCUUGUCUCUACAAACUGGUCACAGAGGAUGUUACCAAAAACAUUGUGCACAGGACUGAGGAAGGCUAGGUAGAUUUUUCUUUCUUUUUAUAAA